AUGAGCUAUACCGUCAUAUUACACACUCAUUCCACGGACGCAAAUCAUCGUAUUGCCGUCCAGUUCCGGAGCGACAAGCAAGACCUUUUCGGAGUCACCGAAGCUAGCCGCAUUCAUGGACCUAUUGUACCCCUGGUAACAUACCAGGGCAUAUACGAAGAGCUCUUUGUGUACACAUCCCCUUUUGCCGAAGGGAUACCAUAUAUCAGUGUCUUGAUGUCUUCGAACGACUUUCAACUGCCGCUUGAGAAGAAAAUAGCGACUGUCACAGGCCUUGCAAACCUCAUUACCCGAGGAGCCAGAACGAACACUGCUCUAUGCGAUAUCGCUACACUUCCCGUCACCCUUGCCCAUCAGGAUCUCGCCCCAUUCAAUUACCUCAUUGACGACUGUACGGGCCGGGUUCAAGCUGUACUAGAUUGGGAUGGUGCUCUUUACCUCCCAGUCGGGUCUAAUUUCCAUUCCAUAGAUAACCUUUUCGGGUUCAUGACCCCAAGUUGUUGGCAAGACACGGAAGAUCGUAAGGAACUAGAAGAAGCGUUCUACAAUCAGGCUCUAGAUAGUCUUGCUGUGAAGGGGUUUAGCGGAAUAACAAAAGAGCAACUAGAGUCGCAGAAGGCGAUCGGGAUACUGCUGUAUGGUGUGGAGCGGCUUCUCAGGUUCAAAAACGAACGAGCCGAGCACUAUCUGGAGGGAUAUCUUCAAGCUUUGUCUUUCAUGAGCGGAUUCAUUUUCUCGUAUUAUAUCAGUUAUGGAUGGGACCUCGAUGAGGGCGUUAAAGAGCGCCGGAGUAGAGUGUGGGCGGAGUAA